AUGGCCGCAACCACCGAACCGACUACGAAGACACCAGGAGGUGUCCCUCGAGCCACGCCUGGGCGCGGCUCGCCAGCGCGUGCGCCUACCGCACCCGCAGUCGUCAACGAUGGACCCGCUCGCGAGAGCAGGAAGCGAGACGAUAAGAUCCUCGCCGCGCUCGCCGCACUCACCGAUCGACUGCGCGCGACUGAUCUUGGCGCGUCGCGAUUCGCAUCGCUCGAGCCACCUCGCGCGCGCGCAGCACCGCAGCUGCAGCAGCGCGCACCAGCGUCUGCGCCACCUCCACAGGAGUAUGCAGCGCUACCGCCGCCGCAACAAGUCGCUCCACCACAAGCCUAUGUGCGACCGGGUCUCAACGGCUACGGGAUGCCGUCCGCAGUCCAGCGGAAGUUGAACAUACGCAAGUUCGAUGGUACGGAGCUGUACCGCGGACUCGGGAGCGGAUUCUUUGACUGGGGGCGUACGUUUCUGCGCGCGGUGAGCCUCGCGGAAGCGUCGUGUGGUUUCGGAUGGACCGAAGACAUCAAUGUCGACCUGCUUGGGCACUUUCUCGCCGGCACGGCUGAGAGGUACUAUCACAAGCAGGUCGAUACCUGGUGGACGCAGUCAUCCACACUCCAUGAGUACAUCAUGAAGCAGCUCCUGCGCACGUUCAAGACGUCAAUCACUGCAAGCCAGGGGAUGAAGUUAUUCAUGGCCAAGAAGAACGCACGACGUACCUGGGCCGAGCACUUCCUGUACAUGGUCACCGUUAGCGAGGCACGCAGUGGUGCUGACUCGCUUGUUCUUAGAAACAUCGUCCACCACGCUUCGCCGGAGCUAGUGAACGUGAUGCGCUCCAAGUAUGAACCCACUCGACUCGACUACCUGCGCCAUACCGAGGAGCUGGCGCACUUCUUGCAGUCCAUUGAGCACGGCAGCAGCGCGGUGGGUCGUGAUCCAUCGCCGCGCACGUGGAAGGCAAACCCAAGGGCGCGAUCACGUGCUACCGAUGUGGGCGACCAGGCCACAUUGCAGCCGACUGUAGCGCGCGAGUCGUGA